AUGUCUCAAGCUAUUCCACCUCAAAGUCAACCAUUCCCUCAUUUAUCAACUCCAGUGACAACUGUUAAUUCAGAUACUCAUCGAGUAUUCAAUAUUGGUAGUUAUUUACUUUCAAUAUAUGGAAGUUUUACCUUGUUAUUCCAUCAUCAUUCUCAUAAUGGUGGAGAUUUCCAAAAUGAUGAAACUCCAUUUUCAAGUAAUAUAAUCAUCGUGUUAACUUAUUGGGGAUUAUUGUAUAUCUUACAAUUAGGAUAUUUAUAUCAAUUUGAAACAAAUCUCGUUAAUUCCCUUGCAUUGAAUUCUCAUUUUGUUAUUUUCAAUAUUGCUCAUUUCAUAUGGACGUUAUUUUAUAAAAAACUGUGGUAUUUCUUAAGUGAAGUUGUUAUCCUUAUAAAUUUAUUAAAUCUUUUGAUUGUUUAUUUUAAUCAUCAAACUUAUAAAUUUAAAAUCACUGAUGGAGCAUGGAAUUGGUUUUUUAUUCAUUUACCUGUAUCGGUAUUCCCCUUAACUUGGUUAUUAUAUGCUGUAUUUUGGAAUGGGGCAAUCUUAUUUGGGAUUCAUGAAUUUAUCGGAAGAUUGAUUUCAAAUAUUUUAAUUUGGGAUUUCUUAAUUGUGCCAAUCUUAUUCCUUAUUUUAUUUAAUGAUUGGGCUAUAGGUUUAACCUCAGCAUAUCUUACAUUUGGAAUUGGAUUAGGACAAUUAUUUACCAAAUUAUUUGCUUUACAAUGGAUUUUUGCAUUUGUAAUUAGUGGUAUUUUAUUCAUCUUAAGUAUUUUGAUAGCUGUUACUGGAGGUUUACCACCUCAACAAGCACCACCAUCACAAAUACUUCAAGGUGAUCAAGCUCCAUUAUUAAGUUAG